AUGCAAAGGGAGGAUGGGACUGUAGUUAAUACGGAACAGGAGCUUGGAGCCUUGGCAACCGAGUUCUAUAAACAUUUGUAUACUUCGGAAGGUGUCCAGGGAAUGGAGGAAGUACUAAAUUCCGUUCCAGUUAAGGUGGACUCGGUGAUGAAUAAUAUGUUGGUCGCGCCUUUUGCUGCUAAGGAGGUGAAGACGACACUUUUUGAAAUGUAUCCCUCAAAAGCACCGGGGUCCGAUGGCUUUCCGGCUCACUUCUUUCAACGCCACUGGGAUGUGUGUGGGGAGGAAGUGUCUAAGAUAGUUCUACGGGUGCUGUCGGGAGAGGACAGCCCGGCUGAGAUAAAUAAGACUUUCAUAGUGAUGAUUCCAAAAGUAGCAAGCCCGAGGGAGAUGGGUCAAUUUCGCCCUAUCAGUUUAUGUAAUGUAAUCUACAAGAUUGCAUCGAAGGUGGCUGCAAACAGACUGAAAGUAGUGCUAUCCCAGAUUAUUUCAGAGGAACAGUCGGCCUUUGUACCAGGGAGAUUGAUCACUGAUAAUAUUAUUACAGCUUAUGAGUGUUUGCAUUUUAUGAAGCGAAACAAAGCGAAGAAACAUCGCAGUUGUGCUCUUAAGCUGGAUAUGCGGAAGGCGUAUGAUCGUGUGGAAUGGAGUUACUUAGAGGCCAUCAUGCUAAAGCUGGGGUUUAGUCCUGUUUGGGUUGCCCUAGUGAUGAGGUUGGUGUCCACCGUAUCUUUCUCGGUUCUUUUCAAUGGAGUACCGCAGGAAGAGUUCUGUCCCUCCCGAGGGAUUCGUCAGGGAGAUCCUUUGUCCCCUUAUUUGUUUUUGUUGGCAGCAGAGGGCCUCUCGGGCCUCCUCAAGUUUAACCAGUCACCAGCGCUUCAGGGAGUGAAAGUGGCGGCGUCCGCCCCGGCGGUAAACCACCUGCUCUUUGCUGAUGACAGCCUGCUGUUCUUCCAUGCAAAUAAUGAGGGUGCUCUGGAGAUGAAAGAGUUACUUAAUAAGUAUUGCAAUGCGUCAGGGCAACGCAUCAAUGUGGACAAAUCCUCUGUUUACUUUAGCAAAGGGUGUCCAGGGGGAGUUAGAGAAGGGAUCAAGGGGAUCUUGGACUAUCUGUGGGAGGUACCUGACUCUCUAUGUGCAAAGAUCUUGAAGGCUGUUUACUACCCGGAUGGGGAUGUUCUGUCAGCAGGUCUGGGCUCUCAUCCGUCUCAAGUCUGGCGAUCGAUCAUAGAGGGACGCGAUGCUCUGAAGAUCGGGCUGAUUAGGCGCAUCGGAGACGAACGCUCUACUGAUGCAUGGGUGCAGAAUUGGCUGCCUAGAGAUGAAAGGCUGAGACCUGUAGCGCCAAGGAAAGCUGAUGCACCGCAGAUGGUUAGUGAUUAUAUCCAUCAUCAUAUUGCAGCUUGGAACACGGAGAAGCUAGAAGAGUAUUUCCUUCCGAUGGAUGUGGAGAUAAUUCGAAAUAUUCCGCUGUGUACUCGGUUCCAAGAUGACUUCUGGUCUUGGCAUUUCGAGAAUAACGGACAGUUUUCAGUGCGCUCUUGCUAUCGGGCGCUUGCAGCGACGAAGCGGGUACGUGAAGACUGGCUGGAUGGUAAUUCGGCAGCGUCGGAUACAACCAAGGAAGAAAAGGCGUGGAGCAAACUAUGGAAGAUUUCUGUUCCGUCCAAAAUACGUUUGUUCCUUUGGAGGUUGGCAAAACACUCGAUACCAACGGAGGACAUUCGACAUCAUCGUCAGAUGGCUCCGACGCCGGCAUGCUCUAUAUGCGGGUUGGAGGACUCAUGGCGACAUUCAUUAAUUGAGUGCAAUCCUGCACGCUGUGUGUGGGCGCUAACAGCCGAGGAUAUCACUGAGCAUAAAGCUAUGUCGACAGAGCCCACGGCAAAGCAAUGGCUGUUCCAUAUGAUAGAGUCUAUGGGAAAGGACGACCUCACUCGUAUGCUUGUAACCUUAUGGGCGAUUUGGCAUGCGAAGAGGAAGGCAGUGCAUGAGGACAUAUACCAGAGUCCAAUGGCGACGAUGGGUUUUGUCAACAACUUCCUGUCGGACCUGGCUGCUGUGAGAGAGGAAGACCAGCUGCAGCAGCGCAAGCCUGCACCUGUUCCGAGGCAGGCGGCGUGGAUCGCUCCACCUGAAGGCAGGAGCAAGAUCAAUGUAGAUGCGGCGGUGGCGAAAUCUGAAGCAAAGGGUGCGGUCGCCGCGGUUUGCAGGGCCAGUAAUGGCACAUAUCUGGGAGCUUCAGCAAUGGUUUAUGAGGGUAUUACUGACCCUAGAUGCUUGGAAGCUUUGGCGUGUCGAGAAGCUCUGGACAUUGCUGAUGACCUUCUAGUAGGACCGGUGCAGGUGGCAUCGGAUUGCCUCGAGGUGGUGAAUGCCCUUCAUAGUGACUACAAGGGAUACUUGGGGAGCAUCAUCACCGAGAUCAAGGGAAGGAGUAGAGAUAGAGGCUUUACCUUUUUCUGUCAUGAGAGAAGGGAGUGUAAUGUUGAAGCUCACCGUUUGGCAAGGUUUGCCUCUUCCUUACCAGUAGGUCGUUUUGUGUGGCUUUUAGGGCCCCCUCCUGGUUUAGCCAUGCCUGUAAUCCUUGGAUCUACUUGA